GUGACAUUUGUACAUAAAUACUUGUUAUGCAGUCGCCGUGCAGCGCAUAGUUUGGUAUGACAACAUAAGUAUAGUUGCAUAGUAUUUUCGAGUGAUUUUGUAACAUACACCAGUCAUCCACGGGGCUACGUGUGCGUGAUUGUUUCGUUUGUAACACACGACUAGCCGCCAGCUUUGGGCUGGAAUCGCAAGUCUUUGUUGUGCCAAUGAGCUGCAGCCAUGGCAGAAGGAUCCGAAUUGGUUCCAGGUUCUUUGCAGCAGCACAACGAUCGUCACUCACACCACCUAUUGAACGACAGCGACGACGACGGUGGUGAUGACACGGAGGAUGCUGGAUCUAUCGUUCCCGACCGGACCGGAAGGCACCACUUCUGCAGGCUUUGCCUUACCCACACGCAGCAACUGAAACCAUUGUUCCCAUUAGAAACCGCCCCGGAUCAGAACCUGUUGGUGCGGAUACUGGACUGCGUAGAUGUGCAGAUUACACUACCGGAUGAUAUUAAAUCCCUGAUAUGUUUCGAAUGCGUCCAACAAAUACACGCAUUCUCUAGUUUUAAAGAACUUUGCAAGAGUAACGAUCAAUUGCUGAAGGGCAAGCCUUUUGGUCACGGUUCAGACGAUGACCAGUCUGAGGACGGUAUUACUCCAGAUAUUAGUCGUGUAAAAACCGAACCAACUAGCUCGCUGGAUGUAUCCUUAUUAGAGAAGCUCCAGGAGCAAGGGAUUGAAAUCGAGACUGUAGGGCAGCCUGCCAUUGUCCAUCAGCACCACAAGAGUGAUCCAAUCAAUGCGGAGGAAAGAGAAGCCGAACGGAAGGCUAAAAACGCGGCCCGUAUGCGUCGGUGGAGAUUGCGCCAGCGCCAGAAGCAAGGCAAGCAAUUUACUGACUCUCAGGAGAAAAUACUGACGGAGAUCGGAAUGAAGGAUCCAGCCGAGUUCAAUCAGGAGGAUGUGUUACAAAUACAGCAAGUACAAGAAAUGUUCGCAAUAAUCGCCCAGCAUCAGCUGCGGCAAGUCGAGGCGGAAAUUAAACGACUAAAGGCUGAUGUCCACGGUCAGCCCGAACAUCCGGAGGCGGCUAUUAAAUUGGAACCGGAAGAGCAAGAAGGGGGAGAAUCUAGCCGGCAAGCCUCACCUACCUCGGAUAAUCAUAUGGCUUCCUUGCGCAGGUCGCGAGCCGAGUAUAUGCGCAGGUGGCGCGCUAAGCGACAAGCCGAACGCCACCACCAUCACCAAGUGUCAUCAUUCGGAUUCGUGGGCCGUCCGCCCACGGUUUCGCCUGCCCCGGGGGAAGCUGAACGGUUGUUUCUCCAGCGCAACCAUCGUGCUGAGUAUAUGCGACGUUGGCGGCGGGAGCGAAUGAAGCAGGAACUGAGCCCUAGCGAGUUCGAGGAGUGGUGCAUCAAGAGCGAGCAGAGACGUCGCUUCCGCGAGUGGCAGGUCAAACGAAAAAGCAUCUCCUCGGCUGGGGACGAAACGAUCGAUGGUUGCGAGACGGAUUUGGAGAAAAAUUGCGCCCUUGGGGAGGGCCUACAGGAUAUGGAACAAAGUUGACCGCCAUACGACUUUAUGGGAAGGUGGCGUCUCUAUAACCGCCCGACCGACCGGCUUUGAGAUUGUGUACAAGUGAAAUUACGGUGAUCAUCCUAUUUUCAUCCUUAUUUAGACUGCCUUUUAACCAAGCACAGUAUUUAUUUUGUAGUAUUCGCAAACACUAUUUUUUUUAUGAAAUUGUGUCGAGCAUAUGAUGUUUUAGAAGUUUAUUCUGUUUCGAGAUUAAGAGAACGUUUGUGUGAUGGGACACAAACUGGCUUAUAACAGUGAUUCCAGCUUCAAUUAUUGACCACUUUGACGCAAUGCUAUGAUGAUAAGAUAUAACACAGAUAUUUCUGCUUAUUACCUCUUGACAUACGAACAAUAAUAAA